AUGUCUUCUGGCAAGAACGACUCCAGGCUGAGCUCGUCAACCGUACGACGACGAGGGCAUGAGCAGACGGUGGGAGGGCAGGAAGCUGUUGCUCUCCAGUCCCCCAGCAGCCUCCGACUCCCCCUACGCUUUCCACCUGAAUCCUUCUCUGCUCUUCGUCUGCCUGCCCAAGAGAUACACCACGGCCGAAACCGCGCAGCUGUUUGCAAGGCCAACGGAUGGGGGUUUAAAGAUACAUAUAUCUACUUCAUUGACAAGACAACGCUGACGGUGACAGGCAACAGGUAUCCAUUAUGCGGCAAGCGGCUGCAGCACUGGCAGAGAUUCACAAAUUCCAUCGAGGGACUGGAUCUUGAGGCGAAAUCUCUACCGAAAGAGGAAAUUAUCAUCAGCCCCCAGCGUCUUAUUAAGAAGGAAUUCCUCCACGAUCUCCUUUCUAGGGCUCCCGGGGUGGAGGUGUCGGAGGAUGGAUUAGAAAGACUGUACCACGGGCAUGGCCAUACGUGCGCCGAGAUUUUCGCACUCAGACACGGGCAGCUCGAGCGCCUGCCAGAUGUAGUAUUAUUCCCCAAGUGCCACGAAGUGGGUGUUUCAGCUGUAGCGUGUUCUCUUCUCUCCUUCAACUGGUUUGUAAAGUUCAUCCCCCUAAAUCGCCGCUCAGUUUGUGUGCCGAAAGUCCACCAUUUGUGUGGAAGGUACCAGAAGAUAGUUGGCAUAUGCGUUCAGGACGUAGAGGCGAUUGUCUCAUGCGCAGUUCAACAUGGAGUCUGUCUAAUUCCGUUUGGCGGUGGGACUUCCGUGACGUUGGGGCUAGCAGUUCCUGAGGAAGAGCAGCGGAUGGUGGCCACGGUUUCUCUGAGUUACAUGCAGAAAAUAAUUUCUCUCGACAGGGAUGCUCUCCUCCUAACUGUAGAAGCAGGGGCCGUUGGAGCGGUCCUCGAAGAACAACUUCGUCGCCUCGGGGUCACCCUAGGCCACGAGCCAGAUAGCCUGGAAUUCAGCACCGUGGGUGGAUGGGUAGCUACCCGCGCAUCAGGGAUGAAAAAGAAUGCCUACGGGAACAUAGAAGACCUACUUAUUGACGCGGUAAUGGUAACACCACAGGGCACACUUAACCAGCGCCUUGCUGCUCCCCGUGUCUCCAGUGGUCCAUCUGUCCAGCAGUUGGUAUUGGGGAGCGAAGGCACAUUGGGAAUCAUUACGAAAGUGGUCCUGAAGGUUAAGCUGCUUCCCGAGGAAAAGAUCUACGGCUGUCUGGUAUUCCCAAAUUUCGAGGUUGGCGUCGCUUUUAUGAGACAUGUGGCUCUCAAUAGGCUGCAACCGGCGAGUAUCCGCCUCAUGGACAAGCGGCAGACCCAAUGCGGCGCUCUCUUUAGGGCUGUCCCUCCAGUGGCAAUGCUUUCUACCCCCGGAUUUUGCCCUUCGUUGCUGCUAUCCGCAGGAGGUCUGGGGCUCAGAGAUGCACUAGAAGAUGGCAUUAAACACUUCUAUUUGAAUAGGAUCAAGGGUUGGCAUGAGGACGAUCUGUGUGCAUGCACCCUUCUAUUUGAAGGAUCAUCGGAGGAAGUGGCUUUACAGCAGCGGAAUCUUUAUAAGGCAGCAAAGAGAUUCGGCGGCCUCCCAGCAGGCGCGAAGAACGGACAAAGGGGAUAUCAGAUGACGUUUUUGAUAGCUUAUGUUCGGGACUUCAUCAUGGACCACUACUGGGUGUUCGAGUCAUUCGAAGCCUCCAUCGCAUGGCCAUUGGUCCUCAAGUGCCGAAAUUCGGUACACAAUUACAUUACAGAGGAAUGCAAACGCCGUGGCAUUAAGCAUCCACCGCUUGUCAUGACUCGGCUGACUCAGGUCUACGACACGGGAGCAGUUUUGUACUUUUACUUCGGAUUUAACUGGAAAGGAAUAGAUAGCCCCAUGAAGGUUCGUUCGGCCCCAGUUCAACGAGUAAUUGUUAAAGGCGUGUCCUGCCCUUGUGCCGUUCUGCCCCCCCGCCCUUCGUGGAUGUCCAGCAUUGCCCUGCUGUACCUUGCACAACACAUGUGA